AUGCUAGACCCUUCUGCAAACAACAUUAUUUUUAGCCCUGGUAAGGUUUCAAAAAAAGCUGCACCGCGCGCCGAUAAGAUUGUUUAUCACAAGGCAAGAUAAUUAGUCAUAAUAGUUUAUAUAUUGUCGCACUCGCUUCCGUCACUCUGUAAUUAAAAGAAUCCUCUUUUACCCAUCUGCAUUUACUUAUUUCACGGCGUUUGUUUUAACUCUACUAAAGAAAUCGAUCUGUUUUGGCGGUUAUUGCACGGAGCAGACAUGAAACUAGAAGUGCUACUUUUAUUUUUCGUUGGUCGUAUGUCGGGCCAUGGCGCAGAGGACUUCUGUCUAGAGACCAAAAGCUCGAUAUUGCACGAUCAUGUUCUAGUUGGCCAUGUGAUUACCUCGUUGGUAACCCGUGGAUUUCUCUCUUGUGCUCAAAGAUGCCUGUCAAUGUCGCCGUGUUCGUCAUUCAAUUAUCAAACGUCAGCGGUAAGAGAUGGCAUUUGUGAGUUGAAUAACAAUGAAGAUGGAGCGGUUCGUUCAAAGGUGACUCCGAAACAUGGAUUUGCCUUUGGCCAGAUACAACGAAAAGAAGUAAGAAUCUUAAAUUACAGUGAUCAACAUAGAUUGCAGCGAAAACAAUAUUCCUUGGGUCAGUUUUCACCUGCUUUAGUUUUCAUUUCAUUUUUUUUUCUGUAAACGAGAUUUUACAGCAUUAUUUGCCAUGUACAAUAAAUACAUAUAUCGUGUUUCUUAUUGACCUAGCUGAAAAUAUCGAGUUUAUGAAAUAAAUUUCGUCGCUAUCAAAUCGUUCAAUUUAUUAAGUAUUCAAUAGAGCUGUUUUUUGUAAAAUGUAUUGAGGUAACAGAAGGGCAAAAAAUAUUGACCACGAAAACACAAUCAGCCUGUUUCAGUGAUUUUUGAACUUUUGAUUUUUAGCCUUAAGAGUCAUAGCAAAACUAUAAGAGUUUGUAUGGGAAUAUUUACGAUCUUCAUAACAGGAGUCUCUUAUAUAGUAAACCUAGGAAUGGAUUAUUCACCAAAAUGGGUUCUUCUCAACAAAGUAAGCGGUCAGAUAACAAGCGAUGCACUGUGGAAGUAUGGUGAGGUAUUUUCGUCGAGAAUUUGAUUGUAUUUUUUUUAUUCUCAAGAGCGGUCGUAAAUAUUCCCAUACAAACACUUAUAAUGUCACCAUGGCUAUUAUUUCCGUCGCAAAUUGAUCAUUUCACAGCUAGAGCUUGAGCCGCCUGUGGUUAAACUUGUCAGUCAAAAUCCCGAUCAAGGACACAUCACCUUGUCAAAAAGAAACGAUAAUAUUUGAAGAUAUACAAAUUUAACAUAGUUUUCUUUUUUAUUCGAUGUCAAUUGCUGUGUUCCAUCGAAGUUUACUUUCGUUGUAUGAUCGUGUCAAAUUCCACCACCAUUACUCAAACACAAUAAAGUGACAAACAUCAUUUUUCUAAUUCGUGACUUUAUUUUUAGUACAACUAUUAAAAAAUAAGGCCUACCACAGGCUAACAGAAAAAUAUCUCGUUUUCUAAACGCCUCUGUAUAAAAAUAUAUGGCGGAUUUUUCAAUCAAGAAACGUCAAACCUGGCAUGUUAUAUCAAAAUAUCAUGAAAUAUUAACAAAACACCUUUUGGUUCUAUCUUUUUUUACCGUAAGAAACCGCACAGCUGUCUAGAAGCGGCGCACAGAGGUGCCCGCGCAUCUGGUUUCUACUGUAUCCAAGACGGUGACGGUCAUCUCUAUAAAAUGUAUUGCGACCUGGCCUCUGAACCCGGUUGGGCCUGGACAUUGGUCACCUCACAAGGCUUAAGCAACAGGGAGGAACAGUUUGCGUCGGUAGGGCUACUUGUUGAUUCUCCAAAGAAUACAGAAAUGGCCAAUUGGCAAGCUUACAGACUACCAUUAAGUAAAAUGGCGAAAUUAAAAUCUCAGUCAACGCAUUGGCGAAUAACGUGUAGUUUCCCAACACUUGGUGUCGAUUAUAAAGAUUAUGUGAGGGCAGAAUUUCAGAAAUUCGAUAUUCUGACUUUUAUGGCAGGCAGAGAGUGCAAAGAAGUGGAGUAUAUUGAUGUUCGAGGGCAUAAUUGCUCACAAUGCACCGUAGCCUGGGGACAGAAAAAUAAUCUUUUCUUGACACACCGCAGUGACGUCAACGAGUGCGGGCGCGGCUCCACUCCACAUAGCAUUGAUGGGGAACAGACUUUCGGACGGUACAAAAAAGGGCGAAAUCCAAAGUUUCGAUGUACUUCAGCCAAUUCAUCCACUACUAACUAUUGGUUUGGCCACAAAUUAAAUUUAAAGGAUUCGUUUGAUUGA